UUUAGUUUCGCAAUCGUUUCCUUGAUGGUGUUACGAGGACUCGCCGGCGUAUUUCGAGCAACCAUGGCAACUAUAACAGAAGUUUCUUCAAAUAAAAUGUUUGGAGGUUGGCAGAAGGUUUUCAGCCAUGAAAGCUCUGAGGUUAAAUGUACAAUGAAGUUUGGCAUCUAUUUGCCUCCCCAGGCAGAGGGAGGGAAGGUACCUGUAUUGUACUACUUGUCAGGCUUGACAUGCACAGAGCAGAACUUUGUCACCAAAGCUGGUGCCCAGAAAGUAGCCUCUGAGCUCGGCAUCAUCCUUGUCGCCCCCGACACUAGUCCAAGAGGAUGUAACAUUGAGGGGGAAGACGAGAGCUAUGACUUCGGUUCGGGAGCUGGCUUCUACGUUGAUGCCACCCAGGACAAGUGGAAGACCAACUACAGGAUGUACUCGUACGUCACUAAGGAGCUUCCAGCCCUCAUCAACUCCAACUUCCCCGUCUUGUCCGAUAAGGCAGGAAUCACCGGGCACAGUAUGGGAGGCCAUGGAGCCCUGAUCUGUUCCUUAAAGAACCCUGGCCUGUACAAGUCCGUGUCAGCCUUCGCUCCCAUUACCAACCCCAUCAGCUGUCCAUGGGGCCAGAAGGCCUUCUCUGGUUACCUAGGUGACAACAAGGAGGCGUGGCAGGACUACGAUGCGUGCUGUCUUGUCAAGAAGUAUAACGGUCCACCUCUGGAGAUACUCGUGGACCAGGGUAAAAGUGACAACUUCCUGACCCAAAAUCAGCUCCUCCCUGACAACCUGACCCAGGCGUGUGCGGAGAGCAAGAUGCCCAUCGUCAUGAGGAUGCAGGAGGGCUAUGACCACAGUUACUUCUUCAUCGCCUCCUUCAUCGACGACCACAUCAGACAUCAUGCACGAUUCCUCAAGGCCUAGGGGAGAUAACUCUGUCCAGCAUGAAACUGCAGCAGUCUCUAGCCAAUGUCUGUGUUUUAUUCUGUUACGUCUUUAAGUUCUGUUGAUGUCUGGAGUGUCUGGCUACUGCCAUGUUGGUUGUUUGAGGACUGGAUUAAAUGUCAUAUAAUGUCCCAUCGAUCAUUGGAUGCUCGGAAUAUGUGAUCAGGUGAAAUAUUUCAGAUGCAACAUGAUGUUGGCUUCUAAUCAAGGUAACCUUUGUUUCCCAGAGAUGCCGUUCAGGUCGAUUCUGACGACUCUACUGUCAUAUUGGGAAUUUGUUGUACAUGGAACAGGUUGAUUUUUCAAUAAUCAUCAAGUUUUGUUAAAGAGUGCUUUUAAUUUUACAAGUACUGGUGCAUUUAUGUAACAGUUUUGGGCAGAUUUUGGUCGAUUUAUGUGUUUCUGGAUUACAGCAUGUAUAUUGUAUGUAUUUACUGAGUUACUCAGUCUGGUGGCAGAAGUGGACAAUGGCCAAGCUUUGUCCAUUUCAAGUUGGUGCAUGGAUUCCUAGAAACAUUGAUUCCAAAAGAUUGAUUCUUUUGUUCUGCUAAAUGCACAUGUGUUGGCAAAGUCCCUUUACAAGAGCUUCUUGUUUCGGGCUUGAAGCUAAGAUCAAUUACAUCUGAUAAGUUCCUGUAAUCAGCAGGUGGUGGGCUUGGCUAGCGGUUAAAGCGUUUGCUCGUCACGCCAAAGACCUGGGUUCGAUUCCCCAGCCAACUCCCGCCACAGGCCGCAGUAAUUCAGUGAGAGAGAUAUCUAAUUCAUAUUGUGCUUCACAACUAGCUAAUACAUGUGCUGAACCCUUUGGUUCAUAAAGCAAUGUUUGCUCAGCAACUUGUGAGUAGCCCUAAGGACCAUUAAGGAGUGUUUCAUUGGAAAGGGGUACCCAACCAAAGUGAUAGGAAAGGGAUACUUGAUUAGAAAGGGUAUCGGAGUGCUAUGGUUAGAGUUUGGGUAAAACCUGUAAGAGGCAGUGAGAUCUGUGAAAUGAGAAUUAGCCAGUUAGUGGUAUGUCUCGCUAUGUAGUGUCCACCACUGAAGUAUAGUUCAUACAAAUGGUUGACCUGCAUGACUGUGGAGACAAACUUCACUAACACUGCUUCUGUGGCAACAUGUCUAGAGAACUUUACUACAGUAAAUCUGUUAAUAUCCUUUUUUUGCAUUAUUGUAUUUUCUACAGACUUUUUCAUCCAGAAAAUCUGUAAACCCAGACAUAUAGAAACUAGCCUCUGACCACGCAAGGCGCUAUUGGUAGCCUUUCACAGCUGUAAUAGCCUGGCCCUUUAUCCACAUACUCAACUUCAGUCAGUAAACAGUGGACUCGACCAUGAUAUUUUAUAC